AAGUCACCCCCUCUCGAUUGUAAUACACCUCAUGCUUAGAAGAAUGGCGAACUCAAGCCCCUCCCUAACCACCCCCAUUCGUCUCAACAAUGGCCUCACGAUGCCUCAAAUCCACCUUGGAGUCUACCUCAUGUCCGGCGCCGAGGCUUCCCAUGCCGUACACCAUGCCCUCGAUGCAGGAUACCGUGCCGUCGACUCCGCCCAGAUGUAUCGCAACGAAAAGCAAGUCGGCAACGCCAUUCUGGAUUGGCUCAAGUCACAUCCGGACGUGAAGCGGGAAGAUAUACACUACACGACUAAACUGGCGAGCAACAGCGACUACGCGCGAGCGAGACAAAGCAUAAGCAAGAGUGUACGGGAAUGUGGGUUGGGAUAUGUGGAUUUGUUUCUGCUGCAUAGUCCUUAUGGCGGUAAGCAGGCACGACUGGAGAGUUGGCGGGCGCUGGAGGAUGCGGUGAAGGAUGGGGAGGUGAGGAUAGCGGGCGUUUCCAACUUUGGCGAGAAGCAUUUGGAGGAAUUGCUAGCCAGCAAACCGCGCAUCACGCCCGCCGUAAACCAGAUUGAAGUCCACCCUUUCAACACCCGUUCAAACCUCACCUCGUACUGCCAAAGCCACGACAUCGUAGUAGAAGCAUACGCGCCUCUGGCAAGAGCGUUGCGUAUGAAGCACCCGACCAUUCUAGAACUUUCAAAGAAAUAUGGUUGUACAGCCGGACAACUUAUGGUGCGGUGGAGCUGUCAACAUGGGUAUGUGCCGUUACCGAAGAGUGUAAGGAAGGAGAGGAUUGUGGAAAACGGGCAGAUUGGCGGGUUCGAGAUUGAUGGGAGGGAUAUGAAGAAGAUGGAUGGCUUGGAUGAGUAUCUCGUGACUGACUGGGAUCCCGUCGAUGCAGACUAGCCAUUACCCAUAUCCGAAACUCGAAAAGUCGUGCCGUCUCGGCGGACGUUGCCGCCGUCACUGCCUCACAUGGACAUGCAUCAAUUGCAUCACAUCCCUGGAAGAACUGCCAGAUUAGGAUUUGCAAGACUACUCUGAGCUUGCCGCUGCCAGAUGGAUUGUGUUUACGACACUGCAGAAAUUGUGCCGUCUGGGCACGGUACUUCACAGAGGCCCCUUCGCAUAAAGCUUGAAUACGGCAA